AGGGAAGGAGGAUGCGGAAGUGUCUGAGCAGGAGGAGGAGGACAGGAGUUGCUGGACAUGUAUUUAUCAGCCGUGAUGCUCCAGCAGCUGUCAGGCAGCUAGGUCCCGGGCUUAUCCGACAAUGCGAUGGGUAACUGCUGGGCUUACUGUGCGGGUCUCUUCAGGAGAGAGGCCAGCAGGAUCCAGAGAGGAGGCGGAUCCAAAUAUUUCCGAAGCAGCACCACAGGGGAACAUUAUACAAUAGAGUUUGAAAAUCUGGUAGAAAGUGAUGAGGGGGAGGGAGAGAGUCCACAGCCCUGCCCGAGGCCGAUCAGUGAAGAUGAGAUCAAGCACCUCAAAGAACAUCGCUAUGCUGCCAUCUCAGACAGGCAGCUUCAGAUAGACAAGAAGAUCCAAGCAGAGUUAGAGGCACAAGAGGAGAAGUUAAGGCUAGAAGAGGAGGCUAGAAAUGCCGCCCAGCGUGAGACCGCCAGGUUGGCACGUGAGCGAAAAAUGAAGGAGCUGUCUGCCCAGAGGACACGAGGGAAAGCAGGAGGCCCUGGCAGUGAAGCUCAAAGAAAACAAAACUGUGGGGAGGAUUUUGAUGUCUACCUCCAGAAUGUAAGAGCCCAGUCUGAUGCUUUCAGGAGCAACAGACUUCCCUCUGACCCCAAUGUGGUGACUCCCAACACAGAGUGCAGCUGGGAUUUCACCACCAAGACUCGCUCCACUAACGAUGAUGGGACCUCACUGGAUCUAGAGUGGGAGGAUGAGGAAGGAAUCAAUCGGGCACUUCCAGCCUGGGAGAGGUCUCGGACGGAGGAGGACAUCCUGCGUGCAGCCCUGAGGCCCGGCGCCAAGCAGAUGACCAGCGGCCCGACUUCGACCUCUGAGGACUCAAACGCACUGGAGUGGGAGAAUGAUUUUGUGAGUACUCAACCAGAGGACAGUGCAAACAAUGAAUUUGAAGGGUUUGUCAAUCCCGUCCUAGACACUCCCUCUGAGGAUGCCUCGGACAACCAGGACAGAUAGUGUCCGUCACCAAAGGAGAAGACGUUUGCCCUCUUCGUGUCAAAGCCCAGCAGCUUUUUCGCCUCAUGAAAUGGAAAUGUAUAACCUCGCUCUUCAUAUUCUGUAACAUGAGACUGAUGCUGCGGUAAUAUGCUGCAGAUCUCUCCACUUCAGAACACUGUAGUGACAUUUUAUGAACUACUCAUUUUUCAGUGCCUUCAUUUGCUAAAUUAGCCGACCAUUUUAUGCAUUGUGACUGAUGGAUUAAAUCCAUUACCGUCUGUCACGUUUUUCAGUGAGUGCUGAUUUUCAAGCCACAGUGGCUGCUGCAGAAGCUGUGUUCUAUACUCGCUGAUAGAAAUGGAGACAUGUCAAAGGUUUUGGGGUGGGUGGUCCUGCAGAAUCAUUUAUUGGGGUUCUUUAACAUCUCACAGUGGGAAUUUGUUCUCUGCAUUUAACCUUUUCAAACUACUUAGCAGCGGCGCCUGGAGAGCAAUUGCAGUUCAGAGGUCAGCACCUUGCUCAGUGGUAAUGUCAAGAGUAUUCCUGCAUGUAUUUAGAAGUGAGAAUAAACCUGAGUUAGCACAGAAGAAACAUCCGAACUACAGACACAAAAACAUCCUCUCUCUUACCUUCCUCUUCCUUCUAUUGGUUCAUUGUGGUCCGCCAGGUAUAUUGAGUUAGUGCAUGAUGGCAAGAAAAGCAACUGGAUUGAAGUUACUGAUCAGAAACAUGAAGCAUUGGACUUAAUUCAUUUAAUGACUCAGUUCAAUAAUACAGCCACAGUUUCCACAUUUGAGCCUGGACCCAUGUUUGUCUCUUCUUCAGUUGCUUGUUUAAUGUUUUUUUGAAUCAUUGGUCGGUUGCUGUGUGUCCUUGAAUAAACCGUGCAUUUUGGGAAA